CAGUCUGUGGGGGGGUCUGAGGUAAGCAAAUCCGCUAGAGCAGUAGCAGCAGCAGCAGCAGUAGUUCAACCCAUUCGAUUGCAACAGCAGUGGUUCAGUUUUCCGCCUGAUGUCGGCCCGUUUGCAUGCGCGUUAGAUUGUCUCCCGCGAAAUUCCGUGAAGAACCCGUCCGCGCGAUUAGCAAGCUUUUCGCGUAGUUUUUCCGAUUACGGUUGAACGGUUAUAGAAGUUGGUGACAAAGUUUCAGCACCCUUGCUGAACGGCCUAUGUGUUCUCGUCCAACAAGUGAUUUGUGCUAAAUGGAUACAGUGAGCAGUGAACAGUGACCAAGUGAAGAACAAGCGGAUCGUCGUCGAACGCUACAUUUACCAACCGGGAAGUGAAUUAAACUGGACUAAGUGCGGUGUGAAGUGAUCGAGUUGAUUAAUGCAUACCUCGCGGAUAGCAACCGUAAUCCGGGAUCUGGGAAAACCACAUUUUUCCUGCGCAGUGGGUGCAAGCAGUGUGCGAGAAGCAAACAGUGUUCUAUGCUAAUUGGAAUUCUUGCAAAACAUACGCAAACGGCGUUCGAUACAAACCAUUAGGAAGCGGUCCAGCAUUUCAGCAUUGGAUUUUAUAUCGCUUUUUGUCUUGUGCGAGGAAAACGGGAACAAAACAAUCGUGGGGAAAGAAUUUCCUGCUGACGGCCAUCCGGAGCAACGGGAAUCCUCUGGUGUUCGGUAGAGGCGACGAACGAGGAAACUAAUACGCAGUUCGGCGCGGAGCGAUGCACAUUGCUGCUGAAGAUGAUCUGACAUAAACCCAUCCGGUCACUCUCUUCCACUCCGGUCCUAACUUCAACCCCUCCGAGAGACGAGAGGUAAAAACAAAACCGCAACUCAACCAAUCCAAAGUGCUUUCCCUUUGCAUUAAAAGCGCCAAAAACUCUGCGUUUUCACCCACUUUUCCUGUGGUUUUGCAAUAACACAGAAAUAGCGAGCAAACAAAAACGAAAGCAAUUGAAGUUUGGACUGGGAGCGGAAUCUGCAAUUUGAAAUUCCGCCAGGCCUAGCAAUGAUCGCCAGAAUGCGGUUACUGACGGCGGUGAUAGUGUUGUUGUGUCUGCUGCAAGUGGCCGAAAUUUCGACACAUCCGAACAAGGUGGGGGAAGCUGGCGAAGGUCAAAAUGUCCGGCUAUCGAUGCCCGCGGGUACCGCGAAGAACAACGACGACGGAUAUGACUUCCUGUCGAUCGAUCAGCUAUUUCUGAACAAUCCACAGUAUGCGAAGCUGUUGAGUGAUUUGCAGGCGCAUACCUUCGGAACCAAUUGGCGGCGGAAGCGGGAUGUGUCGGAGGAGGGCAUAGUUGACAGUUCGACAGAGAAUUCCAGCACAAGUGCUGGCGAAACUACGGCAGAGGACACGGGUAUCACCGCUCCAAUAGCUGAGGUCACCGAGGUGAUCAAGGAAACAAAAGAAAUGAAGGUAACUCCCCCCAUGAUGGACGCGAACGAUGCUAAUGCGGACCUCCAAACAUACCCGGAUACUCAAGAACGGGUCGCUACGUUGAAGGCUUCCAGUCCCACUUCGACCACCUCGGUGAGCACGUUUGGUUUCUCCGGAUCGACCGAACCCGUGCGCGUCAAGACGGAAGAAUCCACGACCAGUACGGCUCCCAUUCGGAGCAGUACCCCUCGGCGACUCGUUCACAAGACCGGAAACAGGAACAAACUAAAGAACGGUGGCCAAAUAAAGCCGGGUUCGGUCAGUAAUCAGAACAAACAGGAGCAGCACAGCAGCAGUUUGGCAUCGUACAGCACGAACCGAUUCACGACGACAUCGCCAGUGUCUUCCACGGCAAACGUCGACAGCAUCGCAGCAGCCAACGCGACAUCGAUGGCCGGUAGCAACAAUAAAGAUAAGGUUGGACUCGCCCCUACAAAGUACCACUACUACCCCCACAACCAGCACAUCUACUUCCUGCCGGAGUGCGCGAUACAACAGGUCUGCAACGCUGUUUACGUUCGGCUGAAUUACACGCAACCUCUUUGUGCCUGUCCUCCACGCUAUCGCGAUCCGUGCUCGGCCAGCCUGAACGAGGACGACAACCACACGAUCAAACUGGUCGGCAACGCCCAGCGCAAGGCCAUUACCCUCGCCAAGACCUGUGAGAACACGAACGAGCUGCGCGAGUGUAACCCUCCCCGGGACUGGUCCAUUCUGGCGCUACAAAACAGCCGAACCGGAAAAUCGCACUAUCUCGUCAUCUGCAAGUGUCCGCCACACUUCCGACUAGAGGGUCCCCUCGCUCACGAUCAGCCCACGUACGCCGGUCUGCCCGGAAUCAACGUGUACGGUAUGUUGUGCGUGCCGCCAGAGUCUUACGCGCCGAAGCCCGUCAAAUCUCCCAGCCCCUCGUCAGGCUACAACAAGUGGAAGGUCCGACCGCCAGCGCCAUCUUACCGAGACACCGAGUAUCGAUCGUUCCCGAACGUCACCACGGUGGCAGCUGACAUCGAGUAGGCCAAUCAAUCACCUGACCAGCAUGGGUCUCAAAACCUGUUAAAGUUAUCGCCCGCUACCGAAUUAGCUUCAUUCUCGACAGCCAAACCGAUUAGUCUUCGCGAGUAGUAUUUAUUUAAUUUUUUGUAUUUAUAUGAAGAGUAUUUAUUUUUAUUUAUCGUUUUUUAAACUACGAACUGAAUCUAGUUUGAUAAGCAAACAAUACUUGCACCGACUUCCAAUACAGCACCGAAACGACGUUUUAAAGCAACACCUUAAUUAGUCAUCCUCAUCGUCAGUCUGUGAGCAGCGGGAUUCCCGUGGCUCGCCGUGUAAUUCAAUAAUUAAAGAUGAACAAUGACAAAUUCCAGCCCCGGUAGAAAGCAUGUCAGUCAACAUACCCACGACGAAAAAAUGCAUUCCUGUCGUUGCAGACGAAUCGCUACCCUCCCUCAAAACAUCUGUUAAUUAAGCAGAAUGGUAGUUUCCUACCGUUCAUCACGAUGCAAACGCGAGACGAUGACUAAUUAACGGAAACCCUUUUUUUAAUUGUUAUUAGUUUUAGAAGAAAGGUCUGUCUCCCACAGAGGACACGAGUAACAAAAACAAACGAAUGUACGACAGAAGAAAAAAUCCGCACCAUAUAAUAAAUGUUCGCCUCUUCUUUCCACUGCCACUGACAACCACCAGGUGGGGUUGCCUUUGCUCAAGCAAGGCCCCGAUUAAAAUCGAAACUACACCCGCACUCAGAACGGUUGUCCCACUUCCGCUGCAUGCUUGCAUGAGUUAUCGCCACACUAUCUCGGAAUCCAAGAUAACACGGUAAAUCACAGCAAACAAAAACAGCAACACGCACUUACAUUCCUCUACUCCACCCCCAUAAGUGCUCCCAGUAGGUGCCCCACGCCAGGUGAUCCGAGGGCUUCCAUAUCGCUUUCAUGAAAAUUGGCUUGAACUUGUUUAGUAGCAGUGGAAAAUCCGAACAAGGCAGCAUACAGUUUUUUUUUUCACAACAAUGAAGAAAACGAGAGUCGCGCUUAUUCGCCCCGCGAGCAAAUUAUAACUUUAUCAUAGAAAAGGGUAAGCGAGUUUAGUUUCGUUUUAAACUAGUUUCACUUAUUGUAAUGACGGCGGUAAAGAUGAAAUUGAGAUAUGAUUAUGAGCAGUUCACGCUGGAGGGAGAAAGCGUGCGAUCGGAGUUCAAAGAGCGCUGGCGGCGCAGCCUCUUGUAAAGCGACCCAAUCUGGGCCGUAUAAAGAUCAAUCACACCACAUAUAGUCGUCAGUCGAUAUUCUGGAACGCGUGCUUAUUCCAAAUCAUAGCUUUAUCUAUCAUAAUCCUACUCAAGGUUUCGUCGAUAGCUAAACCAAGGAAGCACACGAACGAAAUAUUAGGCAAAUCUGUUGUAAAUAAUUUCUGUAUUACUAUUUAGUCUAGCAUUAACCACCUGUAUACUGCUAACCCUGAUGUUUAUUCCGGAUUUUAGAGUACCGCAAAGAUGAUUAAAAAGACAUGCAUUCAUUAUCCUAAGUAAGGCAGUUAUAAUCCACCAACAAAAAAAAAGAACAAGUGCUACCCUUGAACAAAAUAAGACAAAAAUAGACAAUAUGUUAGCAUCAGUAAAAUGAGCAACAAAAUAGAAAUAAACG